GGUGGUAUUUCAGGGAUGCAGUUCAGCUCAUGGUUUAUUCAAAAGGAUUUUCUAAUGAGCCGCUUGAGCACUGGGCUCUUCCAGAGGAGUGAGACCACCAUGGCUCAGGAGAAGUUCUUCAGCCUGUUCCCACUACUGGUCCUGGUGCUGCUGGUGCUAGGCUGUGUCCAGCCUUCUCUGGGCAAGGAAUCAAGGGCCAAGAAGUUCCAGCGGCAGCACAUGGACUCGGACACCUCUGCCAUCAACUCCAGCUACUGCAACCAAAUGAUGAAGUACCGGAAUAUGACAGAUGGAUGGUGCAAGCCGGUGAACACCUUUGUCCACGAGCCUCUGCCAGAUGUCCAGGCCGUCUGCCUCCAGGGAAAUGUCGUCUGCAAGAACGGGCAGCCCAACUGCCACCAAAGCAGCUCCAGGAUGCACAUCACCAACUGCCGCCUGAGGAAUGGCUCCAAAUACCCCAAUUGCAAAUAUCAGACCACGCAGGAAGAGAAAUCCAUCAUCGUGGCCUGUGAAGGGGACCCGUAUGUGCCAGUCCACUUUGACGCUUCUGUGUAGGUCUCCACCUGAGGCUAGAGCAGCGAGAUGCCCCACCUCCCUAUGGUAGCACCUGCUUCUCUCCUCUCCCUUCCUUGUUCUGAGGGAAAGAACUCCAGUCAGAGCUCCUAUCCAAAACACAUGCUUCCCUGCCCAGGGCUUGCCCCUGCGUGGUUUGGGGGGUGAGGUGGGCCCCUUGUGAACCACUUCACUGCUUCUUUCAAUAAAACACAGUUGCAACCACCUGGA